CCCCUUCCCUUGAGACCACGCCCCUUCCCCUGAGGCCACGCCCACCAGGCGCGAUGGGAUUCGCCCGGAGGUUCGGGUGGUUUUGGUUCGUCCUGAGCGCGCUCGGCCCCGCCCCCCCCGCGGCCGACCCCCCGCCCUGCCCCCACCCCCUCGGGGGGUCCCUCUGCCGCUGCCCCCCCGGGUUCGAGGGACCCCCCUGGGCCCGGGAGCGGCCCUGGGAGCGGCACUGCGAGGACAUCAACGAGUGUGUGGGGGAGGGGCCCCCGCCCUGCCCCCCCUCCCAGAGCUGCCACAACACCGAGGGGGGGUUCGGCUGCGCCUGCAACCGCGGCUACCGGCAGCGGGACCCCAAAAACGGGGCUGGGACCCCCAAAAGUGGGGAUGGGACCCCCAAAAGUGGGGACGGGACCCCCGAAAGUGGCAUCGGGACCCCCGAAAAUGGAAUCGGCGACCCCGAAAAUGGGGGUGGGACCCCCGAAAAUGGAGGAUGGAGCACCAAAAAUGGCAUCAGGAGCACCGAAAAUGGGGGUGGGACCCCCGAAAGUGGACCUGGGACCCCCAAAAAUGGAAUCAGGACCCCCGAAAAUGGGGCUGGGACCCCCGAAAAUGGAAUCGGCGACCCCAAAAAUGGGGGUGGGACCCCCCAAAAUGGAAUCGGCGGCCCCGAAAAUGGGGGUGGGACCCCCGAAAGUGGGGAUGGGACCCCCAAAAAUGGAAUCAGGAGCCCCAAAAAUGGGGACGGGACCCCCAAAAUCGGCAUCGGGACCCCCGAAAAUGGGGAUGGGACCCCCAAAAAUGGCACCAGGAGCACCAAAAACGGGCCCGGGACCCCCAGAAAUGGGGUAGGGAGCACCGAAAACGGCAUCAGGACCCCCGAAAAUGGAAUCAGGACCCCCGAAAAUGGGGACGGGACCCCCAAAAAUGGGGGUGGGAACCCCAAAAAUGGGGGUGGAACCCCGAAAAUCGGCAUCAGCGCCCCCAAAAAUGGGCCCGGGACCCCCGAAAGUGGGGACGGGACCCCCGAAAAUGGAAUCGGCGCCCCUGAAAAUGGAACCGGGACCCCCGAAAAUGGGGAUGGGACCCCCGAAAUCGGCAUCAGCGCCCCCAAAAACGGCACCGGGAGCACCAAAAAUGGAAUUGGCACCCCUGGAAAUGGGGACGGGACCCCCAAAAAUGGAAUCAGGACACCCGAAAAUGGCACCGGGAGCACCAAAAAUGGGCCCGGGACCCCCGAAAGUGGGGACGGGACCCCCGAAAAUGGAAUCAGCGACCCCAAAAAUGGGCCCGGGACCCCCGAAAAUGGGGAUGUGACCCCCGAAAAUGGCAUCGGGACCCCCGAAAAUGGAACUGGGACCCCCGAAAUUGGGGAUGGGACCCCCGAAAAUGGAGGAUGGAGCACGAGCCCGUCCCCGAUUGAAUGUGAAGACGUGGACGAGUGCGCCGAGGGGGGGGAGGGGCUGUGCCCGGGGGGCUCCGUCUGCCUCAACACCCCCGGGAGCUUCGAGUGCCACUGUCCCCCCCCCGCCAGGGGACCCCCGGGCCCGGGGGGGUGUCCAGCGGUGCCGCUGCCCCCCGAAAUCUGCCCCGAGGAGGAGCAGGGCUGUGAUUUGGGGGAGACCCUGACCCGAAUUUCGGAGGAGCUGAGGGGGGGGAGAGACCCCCGGAAUGUCCUCCAGGCUCUGCUGGCGGCCCUGGGGGGGUCCCUGGGGGGGUCCCGGGGGGGGUCCAUGGCCGCCGCCCCUCCCCCCGCGCGGUUCCGCCGCCUCUCGGCGCUGCUGCAGGUGGGGGAGGGGCUGGGCCGGGCGGCGGCGGCGCGGCUGAAACCCGGAACUGUCACCGAUGUCACCUGUGUCACCUUGGGGACACCUGGGGGUGGCACCAACGUCACCUGUGUCACCUCGGGGACAUCGGGGACAUCAGGGAGUGGCACCAAUGGCACCGCGCCAUGUGCAGCUCUGUCCGUGGCCGUGUCCCGGGGUCCCCCCCCCGGCCCCGUCACCCUGAGGGUCCCCGAGGUGACACUGGAGGUGCCACCAGAGGUGGCCCUGGACAAGGAGAGCGGUCUGUCGCUCGUGGCCCUGCUGACCCUCGGGGGUCUCCCCGCGGCUCUCUCGGGGGCCCCCCCCGUGCUCUGGGGGGGGUGGGGGUCUCUGCCCCGCCCCCACCGGGGCCGCCCCUCCCCCUCCUACCGCGUCCUGUCCCCCGUGGCCACCGCCUUUGUCACCAAAGAUGUCACCGAGGGUGGCACCGAGGGUGGCACCGAGGGUGGCACCGAGGGUGGCACCCGCCCCGCGGUCACGCUCCGGUUCCAGCACCCCCCCCCGGACCCCAAAUUUGGGGGGCGGAUCCUCUGCGCCUUCUGGAACCCCCGGAGGGGCCGUUGGGACUCGGGGGGGUGUCGGGAGGUGCUCCCCAAAAACGGGACCCCCCCCCCGGGGCAGCCCCACGGCACCGUCUGCGCCUGCGAGCACCUGACGAGUUUCGCUGUUCUGCUGGCCUUCAACGAGAUCCAGGACCACUGGCUGCUGGACCUGGUGACACGGGUGGCCUUGGCCACCUCGCUGGUGGCCCUGGUGGCCGCGGCCGUGACCUUCGCGCUGUGCCGGGCGCUGCCGGAGCCGCGUCGGACGCUGCAGCUGCACCUGAGCCUCAGCCUGAUCGGGGGGCACCUGACGUUCCUCGUGGGCAUCGACGGGACCCACAACCGGGUGGGCUGUGCCGUGACCGCAGCCGUGUUACACGCGUGUUACGUGUGCGCGUUCCUGUGGAUGGCCCUCCAGGGCUUGCACACGUAUGUUCUGCUGCUCCGCGUGUUCCCCCCCCCGUGGCUCCGCCCGCGGCUCCUUUUGGCUCUCGGCUACGGCCCCGCCCUGCUGCUGGUGGCCGUGGCGGCCGCCGCCUUCCCGGGGGGCUACGGAACCGAUCAAUACUGCUGGCUGUCCCUGGCUCGCGGUUUCCGGUGGAGCUUCCAGGGCCCCGUGAUCGUCAUCAGCGCCGCCAACGCCGCCAUUCUCGUUGUCACCGUUUGGAAGUUGGUGGAGAAAUUUCAGGAGAUCAACGCGGACAUGGGACACCUGCGACGGAUCCGGGUGCUGCUGAUGACGUCACUGGGCCAGCUGGCCCUGCUGGGCUCUGGUUGGUCCAUCGGGUUGGGGGCGGGGCUUGGCUGGGCCGGGGGGGCGGGGCCUCCCCUCCCCCCUGGCUCCGCCCCCCCGCCCCUCCCCCUCCUCUUCUGCAUCGUCAACGCCGCUCAGGGGCUGCUGAUCUUCCUGUGCCACUGCCUGGGACACCCCAAGGUGCGGAACUGGUACCGGUCUCUGCUCUGCCCCCGACCCUACGCGGAGUUCACCAGUAACACCAGUAACACCAGUAACCAAACCAGUAACACCAGUACGGCCCGCGGGAGGGGCUCCCAGUUACACCAGUAACACCAGUAAGGGCAGGUGCCGAAAAUUCCGGGAAAAUCGGAAAUUCCGGGAAAAGCGACGGAAUUUUGGGAAAAUCGUCACAAUUUUGGGCAAAUAUUCGGAAUUUUGGGGGAAAUCUUUGGAAUUUUGGGGCAAAUCUUUGGAAUUUUUGGAAA